AAUCUGAUGUCAGCACUGAGCUUGACGACAGUGAUAAUGACCCUGACUUCAAUUUAGAGUCUCAUCAUUCUGAUUAUAUCUCUGAUUCAUCAGGCUCCGAUUCAUCAGAAGUUAUUCCAGUUCAAAAUUUUCCAGGACUAUCUAUGAAACCAAGUUAUGUAAAAAUGCGUUCCAAUACAAAUAACGAUGAAUCAGAUAAUGUAGUGACAUCAACCUCUGAUAGUGCUCCAAAGAGAAAGUUAAGUGUCCAAACUACAAACAAUGAAAAUGGGAGAAAAUGGGACAAGCUACAGUACUGCAUGUACUGUGAGAAUGGCUUCACAAACCUUCGGAAACAUUUCUUCAGUAAACACAAAAAUGAAAAUGAAGUGAAACAUAUUUUAGAUUUGCCUAAAAAGUCGCAUGAAAGGAGUGUGGAACUAACUCGCAUUAGAAAUGCUGGCAAUUACAAGCAUAAUGUCCAGGCUUUGAAGGAAGGGAAAGGUACACUAGUGGUUGUGUCCAGACAAUCUCAUGAUAAUGAUCCAGGGGAUUAUCUUCCCUGUGAGGAUUGUCUAGGUUUCUUUCUAAAAGAUUCUCUUUGGCGACACAAAAAAGAAUGUUCUUUGUCUUCAGGGAAAAAAUCUAGAAGAGUACAAGCUGACGCAGCGCUUCUCCUACCUGCUACCAACAACAUUAAUAAAGGACUGAAAGAGAAUGUGUUUGGAAGGAUGGUGAGAGAUGAAGUGACAAUUGUAGUACGUAAUGAUCCAAUUAUUCUCAAAGUUGGAGAGAAACUCUAUCAAAAGCAUGGGCAUUUGCCACAUCUGUAUUCUCACAUAAGCCAGAAAAUGAGAGAACUUGGGCGGUUCUUGAUAUGCUCACGAAAACAAGAUUCACGUAUAAAUUGUUUAAACGACAUUCUAAGCCCUGAAAAAUUUCCUGUUGUACUAAAGUCUACUAAGGUUUUGUGCGCGUACAAUGCAGAAACAAAUACUUUCGCAAAUCCUUCAUUAGCUCUCAAGUUAGGACACUUGUUAAAAAAAUGUUCAAAAGUGGCUAAGUCUGAAGCCUUGAUAUUUGGUGAUGUAGAACAAGGAAAGAAAGCAGACAAUUUCUUAACUUUGUGUGAAGAUGAAUGGACUGACGAAAUAUCAACUAUUGCUCUGCAAACACUUUCUACGAACAAAAUGAACAAAGGACAUCUGUUGCCGUUAUCGGAGGACAUUAUGAAACUGAAGAAAUAUUUUGAUCAGAAAACAGAGUCUUUAUUGGACACACUUAAUGAGAACUUUGACAAAGGUGAAUGGGAAUUACUGAACCAAAUAACAUUGGCACAGCUUGUAAUAUUUAAUCGAAGGAGAGGUGGUGAAACGCAAAGAAUGCUUGUCAGCGCUUACAAUUCACGAAGCCAGAAUAAAGAUUGCCCUCAAGAAAUAACACAGUCGCUUAGUGCAACUGAAAAAAUCCUUCUCAAUACCAUGUCCAGAGUGGAAAUUAGAGGAAAAAGGGGACGCACUGUCCCUGUAUUGCUGACCCACAAUGCACAGACGUGUAUUGAUCUCCUACUGAGAUUGAGAGAAAAAGUAGGUGUUGCCAAAGACAAUGAAUAUGUGUUCCCUAGGCCUAACUUUGGUUCUUUGGGAUCACUGAGGAGUUCAGAUGUGUUAAGAAACUUUGCUAAGGCAGCAGGUCUAACAAAACCUGAAUUGAUAACUACUACACGACUUCGGAAACAUGUUGCAACAGUGGCACAAGUGCUUAGCUUAAACAAGAACGACCUUGACAUCAUAGCCAGUUUCAUGGGUCAUGACAUAAACAUACACAGGACAUUCUAUAGACUCCCACAAGAAACGCUUCAGGUGGCAAGAAUGGGACGCCUGUUGACGGCUUUUAACAAUGGUACUAUUGGCCAGUACAAUGGCAAAUCGUUGGAUGAAAUUGCAGUGGAUGAAACUGAGGAGUUAAGCAGUGAGGAAGAAAUAGAUGAUGAAGUAAAUGAAGAAGAAGAUCUGGAACCAGACCAGAUUACCAAGCCGUCACAGCGACAGCCAAAACCUGUUAAGUCAACUGUGAGCAAAUCUGGCCAACCUAAAAAGGUGCAGAGGCUUAGUGAUGAGCAAAGCAACUUAUUAAAGAAGUUGUUUAAAGCAAAUGUGGAUUUGAGAAGGGAACUUCGGCAAGUGGAUUGUGAGAAAGUUAUUAACAAAUAUGAAGUUCUCAGUCAUCUGUCGUGGCAAAAAGUAAAAAACACUGUUCAUAAUUGGAUCACAUUGGAAAAGAAGAAACUGAAAAAGCUGCUAUGAUGAUGUAGUGUAGCCAAAUCUGUGUGAUCAUAAUUUUUCUGUGUGUGGAAACUUAAGUGGGAAGUUCAUUGUUAAACAACUUGCAAUAUGUGGACUGUUGUGACUCAAGUCACUUAGGCAAUUUCUUCAUAUAAUUAUACCCCCACAAACGCAGUUAAGGGGGAUAUAUUGGAGUCAGCUUGUCGGUCGGUCUACAUCAUAGUUUCCGUUGGUAUAUAGCAAGCUUAUAUGAAGACCCUGGUUGGGAUUGCUUUUGGACCCCUUUGGGUCAAUGUCAACAUUACUAAAAAUAAAAAAAUGUUUUCUAGAAGGUAUUACUUAAAAAUGAGAUGUUAUUAUCAAUCUUGGUAUUUAGCAGUCUUAUUUGGAAACCCUGGUUGGGAUGGCAUUUUGACCCCCUGGGAUACAGGAUCAUUUUUACUUAAGAUAGAAACAUGGUUUUCAGUUAAGAAUGAGAUAUAACACUCAAAUUUAAUAUAAAACAAGUUUAUAUGAGUCCUGGUUUGGAUUGCAAUUGAUUGAAAUAAUUCUUUGUACACUGUUGGUACUUAAUUAAUUAUAGGUUGAGCUCAAUUUUUUUUUCUGACCACUUUUUUUCUUUAAAAAGUCCAAGUUGCUGGUGGAGGUAUUAAUCACUUUUAUUGAUAGCUCUAGUUCUUAGUGUUUUAAUCAAUGCAUUUCAACUUUAUCAUUCUUGUAUUAUUUUUAUCACCUGUAUUAUAUUGAACACAUUAUUCGUGUACAUCACAUACAAUAUGUGAUUAGACUUAAUCAGUCAGUAAUGUUUUAGCACAUUCCCUUAUGAAAAUUUCAUUUUGGUGUGCUUGGCCACUAGUUUAGAAUCAGGUUUGCAAAUUCAUUCAUUUUAUGAUUUGACCUGUCUCUUAAAUUUAGUCUUAAGUGUGGUUAGAUGGUAUGGUAUGUUAGCUUGGUUCCUUGCUGGUAGCAAAUUUAACUGGGCAAAUGUUGAUAUUUUAUGAUUUGUUGUUAUCCAUCUAAGUAUAGUAUUACAUCAUGUACUUAAAUGACAAUGUAUGAUUUUAAAUCCUGUUUAUUGACAACAUAUGUGUUAAUAAUCUACAUAACUGGUGUUAGGGUUUUGGGUUGCUUAAAGGUGUAGCAGGGUACAAAACACAAUAAAAAUAAAUAUAAAAUCAGGUCUUGUGGCAUACAUAGCAUAGGUGCGAAAUACUUUAUUAAUAGUCCCUUUUGGUAAAACCGCGGUUUACCAUCAUCUAUCAGUCUGUCAGUCACACUUUGGGGAUCCUGGGAAAACUUAAAAGUACUGAAUGUUUUUUUUUAUGAAACUCGAAAUAUAGACAGAUGACAACAUGGAAGUGGUGCAUGUAAUUCUAUUUUGUUCUUCUGAAAAAAAAAUCUGGUUGCUAUGGCACCAAAUAGACAAAUUAUUUCAAAAAUGGAUACAUUUUAGGAUCUUGUAAUAACUGUUAAAGUACAGAAUAGAAGUACUUUUUAAUGAAACUUUAAUUAUUGAUAGAUGGGGAUAAUGCACAUUAUUUCAUUUUGUUCCUCUGAAAAAAAAUCUGGUUGCUAUGGCAACAGAUACAUAAAAAUUAUAUCAGACAUUUAUAUAUUUUUGGAUCUUGUCUUAAAGCAGCACGCCUCCAGAUUCAUGCGGCUAAUUUUCAUGAAAAUUUUGAAAAUGUGGUUAAAAGUAUUAUUUAGUGAAAUAACAAAAAGAGAGCAAUUUACAAAUUAUCAAUGGCACUUACAGCCCACGUAAAUUACGAAAAAGAGGACAUAAUAUGCAAAAAUUGCCCAUACUGUGUUAGUAAUGCAGUAGAAAUAAAGUUAUAAAUACUGAAAAAUCAGUCAUUAAUCCCACAUAACAUUUAAAUUAUUACUUGCAUCUUGAAUAUUUUUACAUUUCCUAAAAUCUUAGUACAUUUUUCUCAAAUUUGAUUUUAUUGAAACAUUUUCGCUCAUCUGGAGGCCUGCAGCUUUUACUUUAAUACAACUUGGCCAAAUUUGAUAAAACUUGCAAUGGAUAUUCCUUGUUGGAAGAGCUACCAAUGUUGUUCAAUGAUUUUCAUUACAUGCAGAACUCCGGUUGCAAUGCAGCCUAAAGGAAAAUAUUCUCUCUAAUCACAAGGUGUAGAGCAUUGAUAUUAGGUAUGCAACAUCAACUGUUGAUACUCUAACAAGCUUGUUCAUAUUUCAGAAAUGGUCCUGCUCCAAAGCCUAUCAGUUUUACAUAGAGUUAUAUAGGAACAGUCUCGACAAAAUAAAAUUCUCUUUUACUACAUGUAUAUACCUUAAGGUUUUGAUAUUUUGACCACAUGUACAACUUUGCCUUUGGAAUUUUACAUUAAAGGGACUCCACUGAGGUUUAAAAGCCUAAAAACAAAACAUAUGAAUAACUUACAUAAAUGAGCUGGGACACUUUAAACAGAUAUAUAUGCAAAGAAAGUUAAGAAAUAUACUUUGAAAUAAAUUGAGAAUCGUAUUUUUAUGCUUUUCUUAGCCCGAUUUGAGUGAAAAGAGUUUAAACGCUUUUCAUCUUGGGUCAUUUUUUUAAAAUUUGAAUAAUUAUUCUGGAAAAACACAGUGUGCCAAUUAUCUGAAAUUUUGCACAAAGAUUAGUGGUCUAAACCUAUAUCAAAUGGUACAUUUAUCUGGAAAAAAUAUUUUCAGUCCCAUCAUGUCAAAAAAACUCAGUGGAGUCCCUUUAACCUUAUAUAUCCUUGACCUUAACCAAUUAAUCUACUUUAGCAUUUUUAAAGCUUUUGACUUUAAAUUCAAGGUUAAUUUCAUAUUUUAUAUUUCAACUAUCAGUCUUGUUUCGUAGGUCAUAACAUUUGUACAUAUUACAAACAGCCACGGUAGGCAACAUUUCAUGCUUGACAAUUGUCUUGUUCUAUAAUUAUAUGCUGUUUAACUUUCUGAUACUGUAUGUUAAGUUUCAUGAGUUAUUAAUAGAAAAGUUAUAAAAUUAGACCAGAUUG